UUUGGGGGGAAGAAGAGGAUCUGGUACAAAAGUACAUAAAUACAUACAUAGGGAGGGAGAGACAGAUACAGAUAUACGUCAUUAAAGGUAAGUGCAGAUCACAUGCAGUGGGGAUGAACAUUUGGCAAAUUCGUAAUCACACACAGGAUAUGACUCUGAUACUCAGAUUUCUGAAACGGUGCGCCAUUUUAACGAUACACCAUAAAAGCGCUGACCCGAGCUUUCCAAGUUGCCCGUGGCCCCGGGGAUCGGAAGGUCAACGGAGGCGCCUAACCUUAGGGGCAUGCCGCGUGCCAGGCUCCUUUCCCACCAUCCUCCCACUACUCACGACGUCGGGAGGAUGCCCGGCCGCCCUCACCGCCGAGCACAUCCCAAGGCCAGUCAACAAGCACUGGCCCCGGCCCUGCAGUGAAAAGCCACGGCUAAAGGGUUGAGUUCCAACCAGAGGAAUGGCGGACGCGGCCGGACCCAGAGCUGACUCCGCGGCGCGGGCGCACAGCCCGGGGAACGCCGGGAAAAAGCUCGCCGCCCGGCUGGGCUGUCCUCCCCCCGCUGCGCAGCCCUCGGCUGCCCCCUACCGCCAGCGGGUAGACCCUGCAAGCCGGCCGUAUCCACUUUCGCACCGCCCACCACCCCUGGAUUGGCGGUUCCGGAAGACUAGAGCCGGCCGCUUUCCGCACCGGAUUGGCUGCACCCGGGAUGAGGCCCCGCCUACCUUCCCGGGUCCUUUGAUCACGCGCCCGCCUGCGCUUCCGGGGCCGGGGAGCCAACCCAGGGCGUUCCUGUCCCGGUUGCGGCGGCGGGAGGUAAGGCAUGGCCGGGUUGGACGGGUUGCAGAGCGCCCGCACGGGUCCGCGUCUCGGGGUGCCGGGGUUCCGGGAUGCCCCGGCGGGGAGUGGCCCCUCGGUGCUCUCCCAAUACCUCCCGAACCUCCUAGCUCAGUGGGAACUACCUCCCGCCGCUGCUGGCCGGCAUCCUAGGAGUGGCCUGAUGCCAUAGCCUGUCCCCCUGUCUGGGACGGUGAACUUGCGACUGGGUACGGGCAAACCUGGUGCCCCAUGAACAUGGUACAGGUAGCUGCUCAUCCCUUGCCCUAUCAAUAGAGACCCAGGUCAACCCUGAGCAUGGACUUGGGCCAGUGCCGUGCAGCCGCCCCAGAAUGAUUUCGCUUCUGUCGGUGAGGGCUGAACCUCCACCUCCGCCGCCGUCCGGGCCAGGAGGGGAGGGACCGGGGCGGAGCCCCGGGCUGGGGACCUGAGGGAGGUGACAUCAUCUCAGAGAUACAGUCCAGCCCUCCCACUGUGUCCACUCUGGCACGAGACCGAUGGUGGUGAGGGGGAGACACUGGCGGGGGUGGUAACGGGGAUAAGAAGGGCAUACAGUCUAGUCAUGGGGUCCUUAGCUUGUAGUGUGAGGUCUGGACGAGGGUUUGAGGCGGCCCCUUUCAGAUGCUCCCGUCCCACUCCAAGGCCUCAGUGCAAUUCCCUCCUGUUUACCUAAUCUCUCCUCCGUUUUGCUCCACUGGAUAGGCGCUGACAGCUCAGUGUCCAGGAGGUCUGGGGCAGGAGAUGGGAACCUAACCUUUCUCCAGCAGUUGAAACUAGCAAAUGUUGAUCCAGCGUGAGCUGGGCCCCACCCUGAUGUAGGCAUAGGAAAUGGGCAGGAAGCCUGCCCUGAAUCUGGGUCUUCCAUUUGGUGCCCUCUCCACCGCUAAGAGCCAGUGAAGGGUAACACCUACCCGUUAUCUGGAGGAUGCAUCAUCCCAGGUUGGUUGUUCAUGAGCUGCGGAUCAAACCCAGGGCCUUGCUGGUGCUAGGCAAGUGCUCCACCACGGAGCUACAUUCCCCAGGUCCUCAUCCCAGGGUUUGGGAGUUUUCACCUAUCUCCUGCCCUGGGGAAGGGAACCAGAGUCCAGAUGUCACUGUAGGUGCAACUGGUAACUUCCCUUCCUCCCCAGGGAGCCCAGCAGAGGCACCCUCCCGAGGCACCACUGCCCAUGCUGACCACCAAACCCUCCUGCUGCUGAUGUCAUGACUAACACAACAGUGCCCAAUGCCCCCCAGGCCAACAGCGACUCCAUGGUGGGCUAUGUGCUGGGGCCUUUCUUCCUCAUCACCCUGGUUGGAGUGGUGGUGGCUGUGGUAAUGUAUGUCCAGAAGAAAAAGCGGGUGGACCGGCUUCGACAUCACCUGCUCCCCAUGUACAGCUAUGACCCAGCUGAGGAGUUACAUGAGGCUGAGCAGGAGCUGCUUUCUGAUGUGGGAGACCCCAAGGUGGUACACGGCUGGCAGAGUGGCUACCAGCACAAACGGAUACCCUUGCUGGAUGUCAAGACAUGACUGAACCCCUUCCCCAAUACUCAGCCUUUGGUACCACAGCCUGCUGUCGCCUUCUGUUUGCAUCCACUCGCUGGGACACAGGGCUCCAUUUCUCUUCCAACCCACCUUAUCCACAGCUCUGAGCCCAUUUCCCCCCUUUCCCCUCCCCCCCCAACCAAUCAACAGAUUUCCCUCAGGAGCUAGGUGGCUGGUUAGGCAAUUUUGCUUUCUGUAGCCCACCUAGACUUUGCUUUGGCAUAAAUCCACAGGAGUGUGGAGUUUUCAUGAUGAUGGAGCCAGAUGUAUAGUACUUCAUAUGUAUAUAUUUGUAAAUAAAAUGUUUUGUGGCUAGG